CCAGGAUGCACCAGCGCUCUUCAACACCUUCCUUCCCCCACCCAGUCGCUCAAUAACGCCCGCCGAAACGGAAGCGACCCAUGUCGGUCCGAGGGGUGGAGCAGAGAGCCCACGUCUCUGCGACCAGGUAUAAAGGGCAACAACUUCAGGGGGCGCUACAUCAUUAGGCUCUCUGACCGCGAACAAACAUGGACAGCAAGAAGACAGUUGCAAUUGCAGGAGCAGGAGAUGUCGCCAAGUUUCUAGUCGAAGAACUCGAGCGCGCCAAAGACUACAACAUCGUUGUCCUAACGCGCGGACAUCGUCCUUGGUUCGCCGAACGUGCGGGCAUCACUGUCCGCCUGACAGACUACAGCGCGGAUUCGGUGCGCACCAUCCUCGACGACGUCGGCGCAGUGGUCCUCUUCUCCUUCAUCCACGACAACUCGCCCUUUUACAACACGACUCACGAGGCCUUCCUCGCCGCCUGCCGUACCUCGCGCACCUGCAAGCGCUUUGUUCCCUCUGAAUGCGGCGGGGACCUCGACGCUCACCCGGACAAGCCGCGUUUCUAUAUCCCCACGCACGGCGCAUUCCGCGAGGUGCUGAAGGCGCAGAGCGAGGUUGAAUGGACGCUGCUCAAUAACGGGUGGUUCAUGGACUACGUCCUGCCGCCCGAGAUGUCGUACAUGAAGUCCAUCGUGCCGGUCUGGCCGUUGGACCUCAAGACAGGGCGGGUCUUGGUGCCCGGCACGGGGGAAGAACCCAUAGGGCUGACUGCCGCGCGGGAUGUUGCGCGGGCGGCAGUCAAGCUUGUAGAUGCGUCUGCCUGGGAUCCUAUCACCUACGUUUGCGGAGAGAAUACGACAUGGAACAAACUCAUUCGCGAUGUGGAGGAAUUCUACAAGCGCAAAUUUGACGUUUCCUACCUUUCCAUCGACGAGAUCAAGACCGCACUCGAAGUACACAAGAAUGACGAAGACCCAAGCGCGCUCUGGAAGGCAUACAUGGACGAAUGGAACUACACAGGGGCCUCUGCUUUACCUUGGGAUAAGGUGGAGUCUCAGCGCCGUAGGUUUUUCCGCGAUAUCAAGUUCAGGACUGUGCGCGAGCUGCUGGAGGAUGCGCAUGCAGAUGGCUUCGCAUAAGGCUUGAGUAGUAGUUCACGAUUCGGAAAUGAAGCAAAACAAUACAAGUGUAUUCAAAGAAGAACAUACAAAGAUACGUAGCGCACGCGCUGG